ACUGCCUUCAUCACUCAUCCACCCACCCCUCCGCCGUCCAGGGCAUUGCAUCGCAUCUCUUUCUUCCUCCCCUUCGCUCCCCUUCCCUUCUUGCAACGCACCGCAACGCAACCAGACCGAUGGUCUCUUUCAAACCCGUUCACCACCACCAAAACUCUGCGACGGACUUUUGAUCCGGGACCACGAGGAGGAAACUAAGAGACGAGAAGGAUUUGCAGCACCUCUUUCCACCCGCGGCUCUGUACCCAACACAAAGGCUCCUGGAAGCGAGGGCUCAGCGAAGUGAACCGUGUGGCAGUACAGUCCAGUCCAGUUCACUCCACUCCACUCGCAAAUUUUCGACUCGAUCAUUCUCACCCACCAACACACCCGCCCUCGACCUCCUCACUUCGCCCACAAACCAUCACCACCACGAUCGUUCAUCUCGAGAUACGAGUGCAGAUAUUAAUAGGCGUCGGAAUCGUGAGCACCCCCCAUCUCCCCGUCAACACCCGUCGAGCGUGGGUUGGUCUGGUAAAGAGCGAGGGCGGGAGCGAGCAAGGACAUCCCAUCCUAUCCCAUCCCGUAAAACGGGCUGCCGGGAACUCAAUGCUUUCCGCCCGCCGCCAAAACUUUAACCACGAACAAAGCUAAUUGUUGGGCCAGAAAAGACCUCCACCUUUUCCCUCCACCAUCACCAAUCAUAAACAUCACAUCACCAGACAACAACGUUCGAAUUGUUCUCUUCGCGUGGCAUUGGAUUCAACGUCGACAUGUCGGUAUUAAAACAACCAAAAGAUGUGCCGCGGGCGAAGGAUGCCAUGGGCAACGACAUACCCGAUGCGAAGAUGACGAGGACCACCAGCGCUGGAAAGAAGCUUACGUACAUGCUCAAUGUCAUUCAGCAACCCCAGCGAGCGAGAGCUUGCGGCUCUGGAGCCAAGUGUAAGAUUCCGGUGCUGCAACAUGUUUCCAUGGAUCAUGCUAACUCAGAAAAGCUUCGGCGGACCGAAGACCAGUUGAUCCUCCACCAGUCGUCGAGCUUCGUAUUUUUGAGGGCGAGACCCAAAAGGAUCCAGAUGUCACUUUCUCCUACAAGGCCAACUUCUUCCUUUUUGCAACCUUGGAGUCAGUCCGACCGAUCGCACAUGGCCGUGUUCAGCCAACUCCAUCCCAGACACCCGUCCUCACUGGAAUGCCCGUCUCGGGAAUGGCCUACCUGGAUCGUCCGCUAGAAGCUGGAUAUUUCAUUUUCCCUGAUCUUUCCGUUCGCCAUGAAGGCGAGUAUAGAUUGAGCUUCAACUUGUAUGAAUCGGUUGACCCUUCACUAAAUGGUGAUUCCUCGCCUGUGGAUCGAAAGCCCUCUCUGAGCACUGACAUUCCCAAUGCAUCAUUCGACUGGCGCAUGGAAGUAAAGUCCCAUCAAUUCCCUGUCUACAGUGCAAAGAAGUUUCCAGGUCUAUCUGAGAGUACCCAACUCAGUCGAGUCGUAGCUGAGCAAGGUUGCCGAGUUCGCAUUCGACGUGAUGUUAGAAUGAGAAGAAGAGAGAAGAACGCCCCUGAGGAUUAUGAGCAUAAUGAACCACAACACGAUGCGUGGUCACGCCCAGCCCCGAGCAUGGAGGACCAGCAGGAAGUUUAUACUCGAGAGCGUUCUCGUGGCGACAACAUUUCUCCCAAGUAUGACCAUGGAGAGGGCUACUCACCACAUCAUUCUGAAUCACCCCCGUUGUCUUCUGGACCUGUUCCACCAAAUGGCUAUCUCGGAAAUGUCGGUGGUGAUCUAGCUCGCAGCAACCAUCCAAAUGGACCUCCCCAAUUCGCAGCACCGCAAGCGCCUCACUCCCAACCACCUUCAACACAUUCACAUCCAUACCCACCUGCUCCUGUUCAUUAUCAUCAACAGCAGCAACCUCAAUAUCAGCAGUAUCGGGCACCACCACCUCCUCCAGCUCCCAUCCAACCACAGCCAUAUUCCCAGACAUAUGCUCCACCGCCUCCUUCAUAUUCAACCAGCCAACCACGAGAUCUUUAUGAACGCGAUCAACACAGGAGACCAUCGAUGGGCUACCAACACCACAAUCCUCCACCGCCUGCGCAUCCACCAAUUGAAAGCGGAUUUUCACGACGACCAAGCUAUGCUGCAUCUGGACCACAUUCAUCUCACGACCAACUUCCACCAAUUGCGCCUUUGAAUAUUCCAACCCAUAAUACGCACGAUCACAAUAUGCAUAAUUCUCAAAUCAGUCCUCCAUUGCCAACCAAAUCCACUUCCUACAUAACUCCAGACUACGACCAAACUCCUCGUACUUACACUCAAUAUCAAGAUCAACGCUCGCCACCGGAACCCACGACUUUGAAAAGAUCGUACGACGCCGUUUUUAGCAACACCCCAGCACAGCAACCGCUCUACAAUGGACGUCGGCCUUCAGAACCGAAUUACAAUCACGAAGGCACCUCUGCUGGUGAGCCUCCCAUGUUUUACAAACGUGCCGAUGGCAUUUACAAAAAGAAGGACUCCGAGCAAGGCGAUUUCAAGAUUGUUCAUCCCGAGGAACAAUUGCAACUCUCCCAAGAGGAGUAUAAUCGGAAUCGUGCUACUGCCCAUUAUUAGUCGUUUGAAGUGAGGCGUUCGUGAUGCUUUGAUAUCAUUCUAUUGGCGAUCGAGGCGUUGGGUCUGGGUUUCAUAAGGAGGGUAUUCGUAUUAUACCUACUUCUUUUUGUCUAUACCUUUUUUGCUUUGGGAUGGGGAUUUGGCGUUGAGGGGAUGUUGGAGUGAUACAUUAUUCUUGAGAGUUCCCAUGAUGAAACGGGAGUUUGGUUUCUCUUUGAAAUUCUUUGCAUUGAACGACAGACGACUUUUUGGAGAGAUCUUUAUUUGGAGUGGAAGAAUACCCCGACGUACACGUUAUACCUCUUUGGAGAGGUUUUUUUCUUUCUUACCCCUGUGUUUAGAACAUAUCAGCUUUGCUUGCGUUUCCUUUGUCCUAUUGUUCUUAUCCUUUGCUUUUCAGGGUGGUUUUUGUGUAAUUAAGAGGAUGUUUUAGCGGAGGAUGGAUGGAAAAAUUCUUCUGGGAGAUGUGAUGGGAAUAGGGAGAAGCAUGUUUUGUUGUAUGGACUAGCAGGAAUUACAAUCCCGAAAUCGGGAUAGCAGGCCAGAAGUUUUUUAUUUCGUGGAUUUGAGAUUGGCAUGUUUGUGGCAAGGAAGCAGUGGGAAUUCAGGAGACAGCACAGAAAGAAGAAUGAUUUGAAAGAUAUCAGAUAUAUAUAUGAAUAGUAUAUUCUCUCCCC